AUGAUUUUUGAUUCAGAAAUAUAAAUUGUAAAAGAAAUUAUGGAAUAUUUACUAUAUUAUGUAUCAAACGUCUUGUUUUUAUAAAGGGAGGAAUUUAGGUUGGCUUUUUUGAUGUUAGAAAUGUAAUUAAAGUUAAAUAGAAGGCAGUAUUGCUUUAAUGGAUAAAAUUGUAAAUUGAUGAAUUAAAGAAAAAAAAUAUUAAAUGAAAAGAUUAAUAAUAUUAAUUUUAUGUUUUAAAUUAAGAUCACUAUGUUAAUCCUGUAUAUCGUAUCUUGCUUUGAGGGCAAGAAUCUAAUACCUCUAUGUAUAAAUAUAGGAUUGAUUUGUACUCAAUUUGGGAGUCUUAAAUUCCAAACUCACACGAUAUUUCAAAUUUAUGAAACACUGAUUUUGUUUAUUUAAAUUGCCCUAAUAACCUUAUAUAACUAGUAAAUGAUUAUUUACAAUGUGAUUUAUAUAAUAGUGCUAGAUGAAACAGGAAGAUUCAAAUCAUGUUUAUUUCAAAAGGUUUCAUUGUUAGGUAUAAUGUUUUUAUAAUUAAGGAACUAGUGUUUUUAUAAUAGUUUUUACAUCAACAAAUGUAAUUGAAUAUUUAAGAAAUAGUGCUUUUGCUUUAGGAAUUAUAAUUGUGAUGAUUAAUAAAGGUAUUCCAAAAAAAGAAGAAUUUAAUAAUUUAUUUUCAAGUACUAGAACACAAAGUCCAAGAGUAUAUGAUACUUAAGGAUUAAUGAUUAUUGAUUCAUAGAAUUUGAAUUGUAUUUAUAUGAAUGAAUAUAUUAAAAGAAAAUUAGGUGAUUAAUAAUUAAUAAUAAAUAAAAUUGAUUCUUUAAGUAAAAAAAAAUUAGAUUAGAAAAUACAGAAUAUUGAAUUAUUUGAAUUAUUAAAUGAAUUCAAUUUAAAAUAAUUAUCAUCUAUGUAAAUAUUAGAUUCAAAUAUUAUGGCUGAUCAUAUUAUUCAAGUAACAAGAGAUGAAAACUAAAAUAAAAUUAAUAUAACAUUUUAAAAUAGUAAAGAAAGAGAUGAUUAUCUUAAGAAAACAUAUUUAUAUUAAAUACUAAAAUAAAUAUUUAAUACUAUAUCACAUGAAUUUGGAACAUUAUUAAAUUUUAUGUUAGCAAUAGCAUAAGUAGCAAUAGAUAAAUAUCCAAAUUAAUAAUAUUAUUAUUCUAUUCGAAAUACAUGUGAAAUUAUGCAUAAUUUUAUAUAUGAUAUGGUUGAUUAUAAUGAUAUUUUGGGUAAUUAAUUUAAAUUGUAAUUGGAAUAAUUAGAUAUCUAAACAAUUUUGGAAUAAGUUACAACACUUUUUUAAGAAUAAUGUACAUAAAAAGAUUUAUAAUUGGAUUUUGAAAAUCAUAUUCCAGAAAGUUGGUAAAUAAUAUCAGAUCAAAGAAGAAUUAAAUAGAUUUUGAUACAUUUAAUAUCUAACGCUUAGAAAUUUACUUUAAAUGGUUCAAUAUAGAUAAAAGUUAUGGCUAUUAAUGAUGAUUUGAUAUAAUUUUCAGUAACAGAUACAGGAAUAGGAAUAAGUGAAAAUGAUGAAUAGAAUUUAAGAAAUAUGUUAGAAUAAGAUUAUAAAGAUGAAUAAAAAUUGGCAUAAAAUACAGCUGGAUUUGGAUUGGGCUGUUAUUUAGCUAAUAAAAUAUGUUUGCAUUUAUCUAAUAAAUAAUUUAAAUUAGAAUUUAAAAGAAAUGAAGUAGGUACAACAUUUUGGUUUUAAGUUUAAAAUAAUGUUUUACCUACUUAAAGUAUAGGUAAGAUAUUGGGAAUUUAAUAAAUCAAUAAACAUUCAUAUAUUGAUUUAAAAUAAUCCUAAAUAGAGAGAACUGUUGGAAAGAAGUUAAGUAGAGUAGCCAGUAAAAUAUCAAUUAAUUCAAAAUCAAGAGUUGUAUCAUUUAGAUGUUUAAUUGAUCCUGUAAAGGAGAAUACAGAGAGUGUUAUAAAUGAAGAAGUUAAUUCAAUAGAACGAAAAGUUAGAACUUGUACAUUAAAUAGAAAUAUCAAAAAAUCAAUUAAAUUUUUGAUAGUUGAUGAUGAGAUAAUUAAUAUUCUUGGAUUACAAUUACUUUUAAAAAGAAUGAAUAUUGAUAUUGAUUAUGUAUUUAAUGGAGUAGAAUGUUUAAGGUAGAUUGAAUAAAAGAAACAUAUUUAUUAAGGUAUAUUUAUGGAUAUAAAUAUGCCUUUGAUGGAUGGAUACGAAACUACUAAGAGAUUGAUUUCUCUUUAUGGAAAUUAAAUUAAGAUUAUUGCUUGCACUGCCUACACAGAUAGUGAAACUAAAUAACGUUGCUAUGACAUUGGAAUGAGUUACUUCCUUAACAAGCCAGUGAACAUCGUAGAAUUAUAAAAAAUACUUAUAUAAUUUUAAUAAUGA